GUACACUCCAACCGAUCGAUGUUUCCCUAGUGUGUUACAUGCCGCUAGCUAGCUCCCCGCCCUCGUUCCGCAUCGACAGUGGCAUGCCCAGGGCACGCGCUCAUUGCUGAAAUCAAUCGAUACAGCCACUCUCCACUGCUGCACCCCGCUGCGGGGCAGAGAAACGCCGGGCGAGAUGGCCGCGGCAGGCGAGAGCACACAAGAAGAGGAGGACAUCGAGUUCCCAGCAAUUUCACCGGCACCGGUGCUCAUCGCACUACUCAACCUCGUCCACGCUCUAGUAAUCUGGGUCGUGGCCGUCACCGUCCACUUGCCGCGCUACUUACUGUUCAGCAAGCAACGGCGCAUCACCAUUGAUGUAAAAGAACCCACGGGGGAAAAUAGACGAUGGUGUCGGGAGAAUCCUGGUUUGAGGGGCUUCGUGCUCGAGCUCCAGACGCCUACCGGUGCUUUCAAAGCGUAUAAGUGCAAUUCGACCGAACCACACUUAAUAAGAAACGACUACGUCGACGGCAAGUUCUCAUUUCUCUUAGCAACGGACCCGCCGGUGAACAACCUGCUGGAACGAACGGGUCGGCGCUUCGAGAUGCGCAUCCAGGGGCGAUGCUUAAUAACGCCGACGGACGGCCGGCUCUUCGUCGGCGCGGAGCUCCAGCAGCGCCCGAAAUUAAAUAUAGCGACCAAAGCAUUAGUGAAGGGCGCCAUGGCCUUCAUCAGUCGGAGGACGCCCGGCCUCGAAUGGUCACUCAAUGACGACGGGAAAGCGAGAUGCGCCUUCCCCUGCGCUACCGGUGUUGAUUUGUUCGUGGCGACGCACGCAGAUCAGACGCCGCCGGACUUACGAGGUGAACUGGUCGAGGAGGAUCGAAACAAGAGGAGGGCGAGUUCGCUGGACAAUAUGCCCAGGUUCGCCGCCGACGGCACGACCUACACCUUGACGCUGCAAUCGUCGUUCGUGGACUUUACGAAGUGGCGCGUGGCGAACAUGCCCAUCGGGUCGCCUUCCUUGGAGUCGCUCAUGGGUUCGCAGCCGAUCGACGUCGUGGUCUACGACCGGGAUCCACUUGACGCGACGAAAAAGCGCUACUGGCUGCGCUACCGCUGCCGCUGGGACGCGGCGCUCGCGCGCUUCGCCGAGCGAGGCGACACCGCGACGCAAGCACCGCGCGACGCGCCGCCGUGCCGGUCGGGCUGCGCCGUGGUCUGCGAUGUUGCUGUGGACACGGGCCGGGGCUACGCCGUCCUGCGGGACCGCGCGGCCGCGCCGCCCCUGAAGCUCGUCGCGAGAGACGGCGGUAGAGAACAGCUCGCGGACGGCGACGUCAUCAGGGUGCAGUCCGAGGGUACUUACUUAACAUCGACGCGGCAGGGCUGGCUCGCGUGGCGCGAGAGUAAAAGUCAAGAGCCGCGGAAGGAGGAGUUUUUUGUGUUGAAAACCGACGGCCCGCUGACGCUGCACGCGCCGUUUUCCCUCGUGUCUUUGGUAAGACCGGAGAGCAGCGUCGCGCUGGCGACCGGCGCGCCGUCGUCGAGAUACGGGGGACGGCUCCUGCGGUUGCGGAAGAAGUGCCCGGCCGAGGACGUCGUCCGACUGCGCGCCUUGGACUUCGUCGAAGACAGCGAGGACUUCGAGGAGUACGACGACGUGGAAGAGGAUCAGGGCUGGCGCGUCUCCAAUAUAGCGUGCGCCGGCUUCGUCGAGGCCGUCGACCGGCGCGCGAUGCGGGCCUGCCGCGCGUACGCUCUCGUGGCGACGCUAACGUCAGACAAGGAGCAGAAGCAGGUGACGCGCCUGCGGACGGCGGACGAGCUCGCGGCCGUUUUGGGCCUGACCGCCGCCUCAUUAACCUGCGGCCCGGGCGGCGGCGUCCCGACGCAGCGUCGGAAGCGCGACGCGGCGAAGGCGUCGGCCGCGAAGGCCGUGCAGACCGCAACUAAAGUAAAAGACGGUCUGAAACAUGCGGCGAGCCGGCGCGCGGCCGAGUUCUCCGAGUGGCGGCGGCGGCGGUCGGCCGUGUCAGAGACGAGCGCCGUCGUCGACGAGGAUUCGGACCCGGAGUCGCCCGCGGCGCUGCGCGCGUUUGACGACGAGGGUCCCUCCGACGCCGAGGAGCCUCCGAUGGAUGAGGACGACGAUGAAGAGGAGGAGGAGGAGGAAGAAGAGGAGGCCGACGACGACGUCGAGGAGCCCGUUGAAGAAGCCCCGGUCGUCGACGACGCCUACUACGCGGACCCGGACGACUCUGAAAUUCCGGAUCGCGGCCCGCCCGCUUCCAUAUUAAAUGAGGGGUCGCCCUGGGCGGCGCCCGUCAACAACGACCGGCCGCCGUUCCAUCGGUCCGCGGGCGACGGGGCCGCGCAUCUGUUACGAAGGCGCCUCGACGCGUGGCUCGCCACCACCCACGACAACGAGCGGACGCGGCGCGACGCCUGGGGUUUGGUGGGCCGCGCGCGAGCUUUGGACGAGGGGUUCCUCCGAGGCGGCGCAGCGGAGGUCGGCGUGACGAGCGAGGUUUUGAGGCGGCAGCAGGACGACAGCAUCGCGGUCGUGGCGCGGUCUUUGGGAGAGGGCCACUGGGCCGAGCAGCUCGCGGUUUUGAGGAAAGGUCGGUUGGAUGUGCUCGACGCGCUGGGAUCACCAAAAAAAAUCGCGCUGCCGCUGAACGAGGUCCUCGCGUGCCGCUUCGUGGAGGGGCCGUUCCCCACGCUGGUCGUGGAGACGGUCGGCCUCUGCCACUAUCUUGGGUUUGCGGACGACGACAAGCGGGACGCCUUCGCCACUUCUUUGAGCAUUGCGCGCUCCAGGGCCGCCGAGUUCACGCCGGACGACGCUUGUCUCCCGACGGCGCGCGACCCGCGGGACGCGUUCAUACUAAAACCGCCUUCGUAUAAACAAGCUCGAUUGGUCCUGAACGCGCGGCGCCUGAGUUUCGACUUGAGUCUGGAGGAGGACGGCCUGCCGCCGUGGGCGCGCGCGCGGAACUUAUUGAGGCGCCUCGCGGCGGCGUCGCCGGACGCGGCGGCGACGGCCCAGGCCGAGUUGUUUGAUGAGGCGGCGUCGUUAAAACGCAUCGCCCUCGCUGACGUGGGCACGCCGGCCGAGGCGCUCGCCUUCUUCCUGAACUUGUACCACGCUCUCUUAUUACAUGCGCUGCUCGUGCUCGGCGCGCCGCGCGAUGCGACGACGUUCGCGAGGACCGUGAGCUAUGACGUGUGCGGCGACGUCUUCAGUCUGAACGACCUCGCGCAGUGCGUCCUCCGGGGCCGGCUCCGGCCCGAGCAGGAGAUUGUCGUGCCGGAGGCGACGACCGCGACGCGCGCCGGCCGGGCCCUCGCAGCAGGCGCGAAGCUGCGCGACGCCAUUUCCAAGCGGUCCGCGUCGCCGCCCAAGCCCCCGACGCCGUCGAACGCGCGGUCGUCCUUCGUCGCCGCGCCGGCCUUAGACGACGCGCACUGGGCCCUGGCGCUCGCGGCGAGCGACGGCCGCGUCGCGCUCGCGGCCCACUCGGGCGCGCGCGACUUCCCGUCCACGAUCAUGGAGGCCGACCCGGCGACGCUGCCGGCGACGUUGGAUGCGGCCUGCGCGCGGUUCCUGGACCGGCCGGGCUGCGUGUCCAUCGACGAGCGGCGGCGCGUCGUCGCGCUCCCGGCGGCCUGCGAGCUGCUCGUUUCUGAUCAGGAGCCGCGGGAGGUCGUGCGGGCGCUCCUCCGGUUUGUGGGAAAGCGGCUCUGGCACCGCCUGUCGGCUUUAUUACGAGACGAGGCGCCCGUCGCCGUCGUCUUCCGGCCGGCGGCGCGGCGGUUCCAC